GAACGCGUGAUUAACACAAAAUUCUGCCCAAUAAAAGCGCAGGCAACGGUGCAGAGUAAAAGGAAUUGCACCAGCACUGUAAACGCACCAGGAUGCUACGAUUCGGAGAUGUUUUCUUCUUGCUCGGGCUGUAUCUGUUCUGGGGAGCAGGUGUCAAUGCCCGGGUGGAUGCAGACGGGACCUACACGGCGGUUAGUCUGACUCCGGAGGAAAAAGACGUGUUCUUGAAUGCUCAUAACGAGUUGAGGUCCAAUGUGGACCCCGAAGCAGCCAACAUGAUGUUCAUGAAUUGGGACAAAUCACUGGCCUUGAUGGCCCAGGCCUGGUCGGCCAAGUGCAUUUGGGACCACGGCCAGCCCACUCCGAACAUCAGCCCCUUCACAAGUCUCGGCCAGAACAUGUACCUGAUCACCGGCUACGGCAACCGACCCAGCGGUAGAGCCGUGUCCACCUUCUGGUACAACGAGAACCGCCACUACACGUUCGAGACCGACGCCUGCAGCGGCGUAACGUGCGACCAUUACACGCAGCUUGUUUGGGCUAAAAGCCGCUCCCUGGGAUGCGGCAUGGCCUUCUGUAAGUCGGUGUCUAAUACCAAAUGGCGUGACGUCUGGAUUGUCACCUGUAACUACGGGCCACGCGGGAACACUGCAGGUCACAAGCCGUACAAACCAGGCCCAAAAUGUUCCAAGUGCAAGUCGGGUUUCGGGGAGUGCUACAACGGUCUUUGCCGUGCCCCCGAUUCUCACCACUGAGGCCUGCAUACCGCUCUAGCAUCAGAACGACGGCGUCUGCCCCCCCUAUACCAGAGAGGACUCUAUAACAGUGUCGAGGGGAUUUUCUCUGGGAAGUUCGACCAAAAUCUUCAAAGAUGGACAAUAUAAUGACUCGGGUAUACUUAAUCGGGAAAUACUUUAUGGUAUCUGGGUGCUUAUGAGUAUUUCUUUGUACUUUUUCGCAUAAGGAAUUCUUAGGACAUCUUUGUGUUAUUUCGACUUAAUAAAUUAUUUGCACGGUGGUAAAAAUGCCUUUGUGGUUUAUCUAAGUUUUAUUCUUAAAAUCACUUAAAGUUUUCUUCUGCGACCUUUAGGUGUACUUGAAUAAAACGCGUAAUACAAUUUUUGUCUCAUGUGUUCACGCUAACACGUUGUUAACUGCAUAACGAAUGUUUUCCAUGCUUGCGUUAAAUAAAUUAAGAUAGUAUACAAACACA